AUUGGCGACUUGGCUUCCUUGGCGCAGCAAGGGGCAUACUAAACUUCACUUUUACCGAAAUUACAUAUUCAAAAACUCGAGUAGAAAUUGUUGCUUCAGUAGUGCAUGGAAGUAAAUGUACCCAAAAGAAUGUUAUAGCAAAAACUGAAGUUUGUGUUCCAACCGAAAGAUUUUAUACUACAAUGCUUCAGAAUGAAAUGAUAUGUUUUAUCUAAUACUUUGUUCACUGAAUCAACUGUAUCGAAAAAGCCUUGUCUUCCACAAGUUUGCUCUUUUAAGUGUAGAUAAGAAGCAGUAUUGAUCAAGAUGAAUGGUAACCAAAUAGCAGUGAUGAAAUGGCCUGUGUUUGUCAGAGGAAGGCAGAAUCAACUGUGCAGUAUGCAUACCCAGUGAAGUACAUUCUUAUUCCCAUCAGAAUAUUCUGAAUCAUCAUCCAAGAUGGAGCGUUUUGCAGGAGAUUUACAAUACAGAUCAAUACCGUUAAUCAGCAGUAAAGAUAUUGUACAGUUCAGCUUCAUCGUCCAAAAAUCGAUUUCAUAUUUAGACUUGAAAUUAUGCCGUCACAGUAGACUUGCUCGUGUUGCUGGCAUAUACCAACGCGUGUGGAGCUCACCACUUCAUUUUAUAAGCACAGAAGAAAAAUGUAGAAAAAUUCUUACUCCAAGCAGAAGUAUCCUCUAUACUCUGCAUCUUGACUUGCCUAAAGGAAGAGAAUUGCCGCUAAAUGAAGGAGGACAUUUAAGACAACAAAGAAAUACCACGUUCGGCGUUGCCAAGACCCUCCCUCAUAUAGGCGAAAUAUACAUUUAUAGGGAAUAUUAUUAUGUGGUAAUAUCUGAUUAUAUCCUCUAUGCCUCUUAUUCUCUUGACCAAGAAACUCAACUUAACCACUGGUUAAGUCACUUUAACGUCAUAAAAGAAUCUGAAUUUCAUCAACUACACAUUCGUAUAGUAAGUUCUUUCCUAAAGCACGUAUAUACGAACAAUUUGGAUUUUUCAGUGUGCAAGGAAUUUUAUCAACAAUUCAAGUUUAAAAUGUGUUUAUCCAGAUAUGAAAGUCUUAAAUAUCUGGAAUAUUUUCUUUACAAUGCGUGCUACAGUGGAAGGAGUUUCGAAGAAGAUCGCCCUCCUGCAGAGGCUCUCUCUCAUGAACAGGAUCUUAUAGAUUAUUGUUUUAAUGGCACCUUUGUAAAUGUUGUUUCUCUUUUGAAGUGCAUAGAUUCUCCAAGACUCUCUGCAUAUAAUGUAUAUGUUGCCCAUCUUCUGAAAGUGAUGCACUUCGACGAAGACGCCUUGCAGAGAGCAGGAACCUGGAUGAGCGAAGAAAGAAGGUGUUUGAUGCUUCAACUGCUUAUAAUAGCUCUGAAGAUCUCCAAGGGUGGUUGUGUCAUAACUUUGUGUGCUGUUUUUCACUUAUUGUGGAAUGCUGUGGGUGCUCCUUUCCUAUCAUCUCUUGAAAUAAAUCGGUUUUUCAGUGAAAUACUUAAUCAGAACGAAAGAUAUGUUAUACAGUGGUUUUACACUAAAGUUAUGGGAGAAAUCCAUGAACGUGUUGAGCCGCGAUCUCUCAAACACAUAUGUAGAACGGUCGUACGCAAACGAUUGUAUAUAGGGAAACAGUGGAUUCCAGAUGCAAUUGUGCAAUUGAAUCUUCCUGUAGAGUUGGAAAGUUAUGUAAAUCUUGGUCUGGAGUUUGUAAGUAGUGAAUAAUAACUUUGUGUGCUGUUUUCACUUAUUGUGGAGUUCUGUGGCUGCUCCUUAUUUAUCAUCUCUAGAAAUAAAUUUGUUUUUCAGUCAACAAUUUGAACUAGACGAAACAUUUGUUUUACAAUCCUUUUAUCAUAAAGUUGUUGGAGAAUUCCAUGGACUUGUUGCACCGUGAUCAUUUAAACAGUUACGUAGAACGACCGUACAAAAGUAUAUCGGAAAACAGUGGAUUUCAAAUGGAAUUUUGCAAUUGGAUAUUCCUUUAGAGUUGAAGAAUUAUUUAAAUCUCGGCCUGGAGUCGAAUGUAAUUUAUCAUAAUUUUGUGUGCUGUUUUCACAAUUAUUGUGGAGUUCUGUGGCUGCUCCUUAUUUAUCAUCUCUAGAAAUAAAUUUGUUUCACAGUGAACUCUUUGAACCGGACGAAAUAUUAGUUAUACUGUGGUUUUACCAUAAAGUUGUCGGAGAAUUCCAUGGACUUGUUGAGCCGCGAUUUCUCAAACACUUAUGUAGAUCGGCCGUACACAAGCAAUUGUAUAUAGGAAAACAGUGAUUCUAGAUGGAAUUUUGAACUUGGAUAUUCCUUCAGAGUUGAAGAAUUAUUUAACUCUUGGUCUGGAAUUUGAAUGUAAUAUAUCAUAAUUUUGUGUGCUAUUUUCACUUAUUGUGGAGGGCUAAGGCUGCUCCUUGUUUCAUCUCUAGAAAUAAAUUCGUUUUACAGUGAACAAUUUGAACUGGGCGAAAUAUUUGUUUUACAGUCGUUUUAUCAUUAAGGUGUUGGAGAAUUCCAUGGACUUGUUGAACCGCGAUCUCUCAAACAGUUACAUAGAACGGCCAUACACAAGCAUAUCGGAAAACAUUGGAUUCCAAAUGGAAUUUUGCAAUUGGAUAUUCCUUCAGAGUUGAAGAAUUAUUUAAAUCUCCGUCUGGAGUUCGAAUGUAAUGUAUCAUAAUUUUGCGUGCUGUUUUCACAUAUUGUGGAGUUCUGUGGCUGCUCCUCAUUUAUCAUCUCUUGAAAUAAAUUUGUUUUCCAGUGAACUAUUUGAACCAUACGAAAUAUUUGUAAUACUAUGGUUUUACUAUAAAGUUAGAGAAUUCUAUGAACUUGUUGAGCUACGAUCUCCCAAACAGUUAUGUAGAACGGCUGUACACAAGUAAUUCUAUAUCGGAAAACAGGGUAUUCCACUUGGAAUUUUGUAACUAGGUAUUCCUUGAUAUUUGGAUUUUUUUAAUGUCGUUCUGGAGUUUCAAUGAAAUAUAUUAUAACAAAAAUAUAAAUUAUUAAGAAAACUAAUGACGUUAUUCCCCCAAAUUUUGUUUUCUUCUCUAUAAAGAAUUUGAAAAUUAACACUUUGCUUUUUAGACGUGAAAUAUAAUAUGUACUGGAUUAAUUGAAAAUGAUUUGGAGUGUAAUAGAAAUAUAUAAUAUUGCAUAUUAAUACAUAUACUAAAUUGCAGUAAUUUAUUAAUAUAUUCCUUUCUUUGCAAGUGUUUUUUGUAAUUAAGGGAGAACGUUUGUUCAACAUUUCAUGAGCAUUCAUAUAUAGAGGAUGAUCUUAUAAAUUUUAUUUUUAGCAUUUAUGUUAAUAGAUAAGUGUUGUUGUUUUUACUUUAAAAUUCAUUGGACUCAUUCAUCUAUUACAAAGGGAUAUAUGCAUGUAAUCUGUUGUUCUGUGCUUUUUUAAAAAUCUAUAAAAGAAAUUUAUAAAGCAUAUUAUGAUGUAUUUUAAAUUAAUUGAUAGAUACUUCUAUGUUUAAUAGUGGAAGAUUUAUUAAUGUGUUAUUGGAGCUAAUUAAUUUUCUGUUACAUAAGAAAAAUUUCACACUGUUUACUUUUCCUCCGAAUUUACAAGACAGAAAUCAGAAAUCUGCAUAAUCCGAGAUUAAAAAGUCUAAUGAGUGUAAGCUUUUUACGAAUUAUUUCAUGGGUAUUGUAUUUGUUGAUUUAUGGUAAAUUUCUGGAAUUAAUGGCUGCAAAUUAAUAUAAAUGAAAUUUAUUCAUGUUUCAUUACGAUUCUCUUUUUAUUCUGAUGUUACAAAAAUAAUUAUUAUUUCUUCUUUAUUUCUGCCAUUUGCCAAAUUUUUAUAUUAAGAAAUUUCAUUUUUCUUUCUUCUA